UCGGAAGAUGCUGCCGGGGUCCAUCCAGAUCUCCGGGGAGACGCUGUCGAGCGCGGAGGUGCGCGACAUCUGCGCGGGGCUGCGGGAGAACUCCGUGCGGCUGCUGUCGCUGCGCGGCUGCCGCCUCUCCGAGCGCGACUUCGGGCACGUCUGCCGCGGCGUGGCCGAGUCCCGCUCCCUGGCUCAGCUCAACCUCAACCUGGGCAUCGUCUCCAACAUCAACCGCGUCAAGCAGCUGGCCGAGGCCCUCAAGACCAACCGCUCCGUCCAGUCGCUGUUCCUCCACGGGAGUCCCCUGACGGAUGCCGGCUUGGCCCUCCUCAACCCUGCGCUCUCCAUCCAUCCCUCGCUGGUGGCUCUGGAUUUGGGGGACUGCAUGCUGGGCGACGAAGGCAUCAACCUCAUCUGUGGGCUCCUGCCGCCCGACGGGGCCAAGUCUGGCCUUAAAGAGCUAACGCUGAGCGCCAACCCAGGUGUUACAAGCAAGGGCUGGGGACGUCUGGCCAUUGCAGUGGCUCACAGCUCCCAGCUCCGAGUGCUGAACCUGGACUACAACCCCCUGGGAGACCAGGUAGCAGGGAUGCUCGCUGUUGCUGUGGCGUCCAGUCGAACACUUGAAGUUCUGGAUUUGGAGGGAACAGGACUUACCAACCAGUCAGCCCAGACCUUGCUGGACAUGGUAGAGAAUUACCCCACAGCCUUGCGGACGCUUAUCCUGGCAGAGAACAACAUUAGUCCUGAGCUGCAGCAGCAGAUCUCUGAUCUGCUCUCAGAGGGAGAGGGAGAGGAAGAGGAAGAGACCGAGGCUCGAGAAGUCACAGCCAGGGAGAAGAACCCCUGGAUCUGCCAGAACAAUUCCAGCUCCCAGAUGGUCUUGAUGACGUCGGGCCUUGGUGACAGUCUCUUAGCAGAAACAGAAAUGUAGCUGGGCUACCCUACCUGCUUCUGUCCUGAAGAGCACCAUGCGGGUGGCCUGAGCUCGUGUCACCCGUAUCGAGGGAGCUCAUGUUGCCCCGCACAUGUGUGCCCAUAUCCAUGGGCCCCCUUGGGCUCCCAUGCUGCGGGUGGGUCUGCCCUGACACUCUUCUCAUGCAUCUUGUGUCCUGUUGACACCUCCCUCAGCUCUGCACGCCGGAGUUUGGGAGCCUGGUCCGAGUGACUUGCCACACGCGUCUCUGUGUUGUCACACACCCUGUCAGCCGCUUGUAACUGUCCGGUCGCUGCAUGUGUAGAUCACGCUGCCCUGCCUCUUCCUCGCGUUUGGCUGUGCCCUCCUGGCCUGCAGGCUGUAUUUAUUCAGAUGUGUAUAACAGAUGUUCUUCUAGGGCUUGU